AUUAAUUCAUUUCCUUUUCUUUUUCUUCAUCUUUUCUUUUUUCCAUUUACCCCUUAUAAACUCAUAUCUGAAUCUCCCUCUCUCUUCUCUUUCUUCGUUUUUUGUUGAAAAACUGGAAAAUCAUUGAAUUGGUAAGGUCAAUAGGAAAAAGUGUCAACCAUGCCUCGACCACGUCUUAAUGCCUUUGACUCAAGCGAACCACUUCUCCGAACUACCAAUGCUGCCAACGCUGCACGUAGACACAUUACGGGAUUUUGGGAAGGAUUUGUCGAUUUUGCUUUCAAUGAUAAUGUGCUUCACGUUGCUAUUGGUUUGAUAAUUGCGCAAUCCUUCACAGCUCUUAUAACCUCACUUGUCUCUUCUGUCCUUCUCCCACCGCUAUCUCUCCUCCCUUUUUUAAAUAAGAACCUUGAAGAGAAAUUUGCGGUUCUGAGGCCCGGUCCUCACUAUGAUGGUCUGCUUCAUAAUCACACCGAGAUCGGUGAUGGAAUUGGAGAGGGAGUAGAAGGAAACGCAACUAUGGCUGUAAAUAUGGGAAUGGAAUUCCUGUACGGAGCAGGCUAUAACACCUUGAAGCAGGCGACAGAUGACGGGGCUAUUGUUUUAGCUUGGGGUUCCUUCCUCAAUAAAGUGAUAAACUUCAUAGGCGUUGGUCUCGCUCUCUACGGUAUAGCAGGUCUCUACCAAUAUUUCAGUCAAGACAACGCUAUCAUCAAACACACCGUCCGUUGUAAAUAUUGUCGCAAGAAGAUUUUUGAGAAGGCACAACGCUGCGUAUUCUGCACCUCGUGGCAAGAUGGCCGCGAAGAUCUUCGUCCGGCUGCAGCUACUAUCGGAUAAUAUCUCUUCUUAUGCUUCUCAAUUCUCCUCCCAUUCUCUUUCUGCUCCUAUAACCUACUCUCUCCUACGCUCUAGAACUUCGGCGCAAUCUCCAUACACCAUGUACACAAUUAACUACACGACUCUACGACUACACGUCUUUACACCUACAUGCAUUAAGAUUCCUAACAAAAUCAAUACGUUACACCAACAAUCAGAAUGAAAAUGAAACGAAAUCAAAAUUCGAUACACGAUAUCAAAAUAGAGACAGAGCAAGGCUUUGUAAUCUUAUGUGUAUACAUGUACGUACUUACACAAUAACCAGAAUUACAUACAUACAUACAAACAGCACACAAUAUAUACUCAAUUCGGCGAGGAGUUCAGGAAGACAAAUUGACCACAACCACAAACCACGGUGUUUAGCAAAGGUACUUUCUAGGAGCGAGGGCGUUCACGAAUUUGAAUUUAAGUUUCUUUCCUUUGUGGAUUUUGAAGUUUGAAGUUUGGCGUUCAACUUUAAAUUUGGCUCUGAGAUUGAUUCAGUUUGGGUAGAUUUUACUUGGUUAACCGAUGUUCGUUCGUUUAUUUGCUUGUCCAAACUUCAUAGCGAGGAGUUUAUUUGCUUUCUGUGGGAUACUUGAUUUGAAAACUGUACUUCCGAGAUUGGAUGGAAGAAGAAGAGAAGAUAGAUAGAUAAAGAAUGACAAUGGAAAUGUCUAGAUUUUAGUUUCAAGUUCAGGGUGAUAU